UCCACCCCCAGCCCAUGUGACUCCAGGAAGUGCCCUCCUCUGGGAAGAGGCUCAGUUGUGGGAAGAAAAGCAGAGCAGACACCAGAGGAGCCCAGCUUGGCAGCAGCCUGAGAGACAAACCUCCUCUCCAGAGGAAGAGCCUAGCCCACAGCAGAGACUAUGGAGCUCACCUCAGCCCCUUUCAACAAAGGACAGGUCCCCUGGAGGGGACUCCUGCUCACAGUCUCUCUUUUAACCUGCUGGAACUCUCCCACCACUGCCAAAGUCACUGUUGAAGCAGUUCCACCCCAUGUUGCUGAAGGGCAGAAUGUUCUUCUACUUGUCCACAAUCUGCCAGCAGAAGUCCAAGCCUUCUACUGGUACAAAGGAGAAACUGUGGUUGAUAGUAAUGAAAUUGCACGGUUUCUAAUAUCCAUAAGUACAAAUAAAACAGGGCCUGCAUACAGUGGCAGAGAGAUGAUAUACCCCAAUGGAUCCUUGCUCUUCCAGAAUGUCACUCAGAAUGACACAGGAGUCUACAUGCUAAACAUGAUCAUGGAAAACUUUGAUUAUGAGAGUGCGUCUGUGCAGUUCCAUGUACACCCACCGCUACCCAAGCCCAACAUCACAACCAACAAUUCCAAUCCCAUGGAGGGUGAGGACUCAGUAGCAUUAAUGUGUGAGCCUAAGACUCCGAAUACAACCUACCUGUGGAGGAUAAAUGAUCAAAGCCUCUCAGAAGAUGACAGGCUGAAGCAGUCUGAGGGCAACAGGACUCUCACUUUACUCAGUGUCCUGAGGACUGACACAGGACCCUAUGUGUGUCAAACCCAGAACCAAGUGAGCACUUCUCAAAGUGACCCAUUCACUCUAAACAUUACCUAUGGUCCAGAUGCCCCGAUCAUAUCCCCCUCAAAUAUUUAUUUCCAUUCAAGGACAAACCUCAGCCUCUCCUGCCACACAGAUGCUAACCCACCUGCACAGUACUCUUGGUUUGUCAAUGGAGAGCUCCAGUCAUCCUCCCAAGAGCUCUUUAUCCCCAACAUUAAUACUAAUAAUAGUGGAUCCUAUACCUGCCUCGUCUAUAACUCUGUCACUGGCCUCAAUAAGACCACAGUCAAGAACAUUACAGUCCUUGAGCCAGUGACUCUGCCCUUCAUCCAAGUCAUCAACACCACAGUCAAAGAACUGGACUCUGUGUUCCUGACCUGCUUCUCAAACAACACUGGAAUCUCCAUCAGUUGGCUCUUCAAUGGCCAGAGUCUGAGGAUCACGGACAGGAUGAAGCUGUCCCAGAACAACAGCACCCUCACCAUAGACCCUGUCAGAAGAGAGGAUUCUGGGGACUAUCAGUGUGAGGUCUCCAAUCCAGUCAGUUCCAAGAAGAGUGAUCCCAUCCAGCUGAACAUAAUACCUGACCCAACCCAAGGAACUGCUGGCCUCUCGGGAGGUGCCAUUGCCGGCAUCGUGGUUGGAGCUGUGGCUGGGAUGACUCUUAUAGGAGCCCUGGCAUAUUACCUUUAUUUUAGGAAGACUGGAAGGAGAACUGACCAGCGUGAUCUCACAGAGCACAAACCCUCAGCCUCCAACCACAAUCUGGGCCCCUCUGACAACUCUCCUACUAAGGUGGAUGAAGUCACAUAUUCCGUCCUGGAUUUCAAUGCCCAGCAACCCAAACCACCAACUUCAGCCUCCCCAUCUCCAAGAGCCACAGAGGAAGUUUAUUCAGAAGUAAAAAAGAAGUGAUCACAGUCUAUCCUGCUGGCUACACCAAGGAUGCAUUCCCAGAUUCUCUCCUUUCACUAGGAGAUCUCCAUACUCUGGACAUGAGGGAACACACACACACACACACACACACACACACACACACACACACACACAGAG